AUGUCGAUCACCAAAGUGAAACUAAAAGCUGCGCGAGAGGCCCUAUCUCGCCAGGAUUAUCCCACUGCACGCGACGCUGCUCAGCAAGUACUAGGAUAUGAACCAAAUGACUACCACGCCCAUGUCUUUCUAGGCCUGGCGUCGCUCGAGCUGGCUGAUUUCGUUGCAUGCGAACAAGCUUAUAAGAAAGCGAUUGAACUGAAGCCCGAAGUCACGCUUGCUUGGCAGGGCCUCACUAAAUUCUACGAACGAACAGAGCGCUGGGACGAUUGUGUCGUAUCAUUAGAGAAACAGGCGAUCCUCUAUCAAUCCGAAGCGACAAAAUCUGCUGAAGCUAUCCAGAAGCUAAUAGACAUCCGUCGAAACCACGGUACUAGAGUGCAGUUAGCCCAAGCCCUGAAACUGCUGCUCCAUGGGUCCCCCGUGUUCGAAGCAUUAUCCGAUCUCCCCCUUCCAGACCACACCAAGCCAUCUCCCAUCACGUCAAUACAGGACGCUAUACACAACACGCUCCCCGUACUGCAAGAGCUAGUAACUCUGUAUGAAGAUGAAGAACGACAAGUUAUCAAGAAGGAAAUCGCCAAGCGCAGAACCAGACUCGGUGCUCCCAACCUAGAUCAACUCACGAGAGAGGUUAAAUGCGCCGUUCUAAGUAAAUCUGAGUUACCUACCUUAUAUGAUGAGGUCGCGGCACACCCCAAUGCGUCUGAAGACGUGCGCCGUGCGGCUGAAGGAAAGCUCUUGCGAUAUCGAUUAGAGCUUUUAGAAUCGUUGGCUGGUUCAGAUAAUUCAGGUCUUCGCGAGAAACUAUGGACAGCCCUCGACGAAUCUAUUAAAGGUGUUGUUCUCCUCGGUAUCCCUGACGAAGUUGCCUGGGGGUUGCAUUUCCAGUGGGCAGAUAGUCGGAGUAUCGAGGGAUAUAACCUUGCAUUGCUCCAGCAAUACGCUACCCUGUUCUCUUCCUCCAAGCUCAGUCAAGUGUUUGCCGGAUACCUCUCAUAUAGCAAAAUUGGCGCGUCAGUGGAAGAGACCCAAAAGUCAGGCGAAGUCACCGUUGACUCCACAUUGAACACUAUUUUUGAAGGGCAAGAAGCUACAAAUGAAUUCACAAUUGCCUGUCGCAUCCUUGCAGAGGUUUACUCAAAGGAAAAAGACUUUCCCAGCGCCGUCAAGAUGGCAAAGCAAGGCAUACAUAUCUUGCAGCAGCAGGAAGCGCUCUAUGGAUUGAGCCUGCGCGGGACACUCCUUGGAUUUUACAGUAUCUUGGGGACUUCUUUGGUUGGAAUCUCGCCGUUGAGAUACCGCACCAAAGCCCUGUCCUUUCUCUCUGACGUUCUUCAACAAAUACCCGACGACAUCCCUUGCCUGCUAGCCAAAGCUCGUGUUUUGCAAGCCAUUGGAAACUGGGAAGACACCACGGUCACUCUCGAACACGCCAUAAAACAUACGCCGCCCGAUUCUCCUCUUCACCUUCUGGUUCAGGAAGAAUCCGCUUGGUCUCGCUUCCAUGUCUCUUGGAACAUCAGCGAAUUGACAACAUUAGAAUCCAUUCUGACAUCGUAUAAAUCGCAGCAAUCGGAUGAACGCGCCAGGUGCUCGUGGAGAAUCGCAGAAUGCUACCGAACUCUCGGAAAUGACUACAGUCCGGACGCCUAUCGCUUCUACAUUGCGUCCUUGAAAGCGAGUUCCACAUUCGCUCCUGCGUUCACGUCACUAGGGAUUCAUUACCUGAUAGCAAGCAAGCCGCCGGAUCGCGCGCGAGCCCUCAAAUGCUUCCAAAAGGCGUUUGAACUGGACUCCAGGGAAACGUAUGCGGCGGAGCAACUUGCCACAGAGGUCGACCUUCCCGGCUUUGAAGCUGAGGAUGAUGAUCCGCACUCUGCAUUGACUUGGGCGUGGAAGGCAGUUGGCGCCGUUGAGUUGACCAACAAAAAAUAUAGCGCCGCGAUCACAGCCUUCCAAAUGGUCCUUCGGUCGCAACCCCUCGACCACUCCUCUUGGUUAUUCCUUGGCGAGACAUACCAAAAGGCAGGUCGCUUCACCGCGGCGCUCAAUGCGUUCACUCGUGCGCAAGAGCUAGCUCCGAACAGCUGGAUACCUUCCUAUAAUAUUGGCCUAUUGAAACGACAAACCUCCGAAUACGCAGAGUCGAUUGUUUGCUUACAAUCCAUCCUCGACCUUCGACCCACUGAGUUUGGCGUCCUUAUGGCCCAGGCGCAAGCAUAUCUUGAGCUAGGAUGCAGCGAGUUCAACUCGGGCAUUUUCGCUCGUGCAACGACUGCCUUCAUAGAAGGUAUCCGAGCCGCUCUGCUUGCGACAUCUACGGACGCUGCAGGAUUGCGCAAUCCCUCUUGGAAGUUAAUUGGCGAUGCCUUGGUUAUGCUGGCUCGAACCUCCAUUGUCCCUAACUCAUCGAUUAUCACACCAAUCUUUGCUGAUCUAGUCUCUAAACUUCCAAGUAGCUCGACGGACCGGCUGCGGGGGGUCUACUCGUAUCUUGGUGCAGAGGUGAUCUCCUUUGCACACACGACUGAGUUGGCAGUAGCGGUUUAUAGCCACCGUGUUUCUCUUGACCACUCUGAAACUUCUGUCUCUGCUAGCGCCCACUUCGAUCUGGCCACUUCGCUUAUCUGCUGGCUAAAAGAAUCCCCCAGGCGCAAUGGUGCCGAAGUCGCCAAGGAGUUUAUCAGCACAUCACUACUUCAAGCCCUCAGAUUGGAUCCCACCAACGACUUGUAUUGGGUGACCUUUGGAAAUCAUGUAUUCAGUGACCAGCCCAAGGUUGCUCAGCACGCCUUCAUCAAAGCUUUGGAAAUUAAUCCGAAGAGCGCAACUACUUGGACCACUCUGGGCCUUCUAUAUCUCCACUACGACGACAUGGAACUCGCUGGAGAAGCUCUCCGCAAAGCCCAAGUCCUCGAUCCUGAUUAUCGCUUGGCAUGGGUCGCCCAAGCUCUAAUGGAGGAGUCUUUAAGUAACUUUGCGAGGAGCAGUACCCUUAUAGAGCAUUCACUUGGAAUGAAGCUGAAUUCAGCUUGUUCUGAUCUCUGGUAUGCCUCAAAAGUGCUCGCCUCCCAAAACGCCUCUCAUGAUGGCUCUUCCGACGCAUUGCUACCUGCGUUCUUCGCUCUAGGCCGUUAUGUAGGCCAAAAUCCCAAAGACGCAUACAGUCUACAACUCUACGGACUACUUUGCGAAAGGUUGGGGCACCUCACCGAGGCCGUGACAUCACUUAACGGAGCAAUUGCCAUUCUGGAAACGGCGUAUGAAGAAUUGGAAUCGCAGGAGGUCGAAACCCAGUUUGCCACUGCCAGCGGAAAUCUCGCGAGAAUUAAACUAGCCUUGAGCGAUUACCAGGGUGCUAUCGACGCCUAUAACAACGCACUCGGCCUUCUUUCAGAGGAAGAUAACUCGCCUAGCACGCUGCUCCUGCGAUUCCAGUCUUCCCUUGGCAGUGCUUUGGCACACUUCAAAUUGGGUGACCUGGCAUCCACAACGUCUUCGAUAGAAACAGCGAUACGGAGUGCAGGGGAUGAUCUACGCUUACGAGGCCUGGUGAACGUGCUUCACAGUCAGAUUUUGUGGAAGUCGGGCGACGAGUAUCGCGAACAUGCGAUAUCUGAGUUAACCCACUACUACAGCGUGGCUGAGGACGUCGAGAAUCUUCGCGUCAUGCAGACGCUGGUCACCAUGGGCAUACUCACAGAAGACGAGAGCCUAAUCGACGCCGCAAUCUCUGAAAUCAUCAACCUACCCCUCGAUAAACGACAACGUUUGGACCCAAGAGGGGAUAUUAAUUAUCUCCUCAUUCAGAAUCAACUCGGACAGAGCAACACUGCUGGGGCAAUACUGACCGCUCAGCGAGCUGUGAAGGUGGCACCCACGAAUGAUACCAUGCGACGAACCAUGGCGUCGUUGGAGGUCCAAAAUAAAUCGUUCGGCACCGCAUUAUCAAUGCUCGCAGGCGCGCGCGAUGUCACAGACAACGCCGCCGACUCUGCGGAUUCCUUCACGCUACACGCGGCCGCCUCUGCGCUCUCUAGAAGUGGCGGGCACUCAAUGGCACAGAAAGCCGUCAUGCUCGCGCCGUGGAAACUGCAGCCAUGGCUGGCAUUAGCGUAUAUUAGAUCAUUAGGAGAAUCAGGCUGA